AUGAGUUCCACAGAAGACCUUGACUAUCCUCAAACCAUCUUGGAAUACAACAGUGGAUUUUUAGUCUCAAAGGUUAUGUUCACUGCCUGUGAGUUGGGGGUGUUUGAUCUUCUGCUGGAGUCAGGAGGGCCUCUGUCUUCAGAUGCCAUUGCUGCACACUUGGGUACCAGCACCACAGGGAUGGAAAGACUGCUGGAUGCCUGUGUGGGAUUGAAGCUCUUGGCAGUAGAGCUGACGCAAGAAGGAGCCCUCUACAGAAACACAGAAAUUUCCAACAUCUACCUUACAAAAUCAAGUCCCAAGUCUCAGUAUCAUAUUAUGAUGUAUUACUCCAACACAGUCUACUUGUGCUGGCACUACUUGGCCGAUGCUGUGAGAGAAGGAAGAAACCAAUAUGAAAGAGCUUUUGGCGUUUCAUCUAAGGACCCUUUUGGAGCAAUGUACAGAUCAGAAGAAGAAAUGCUGAAAUUCAUGGCUGGCCAGAACUCAGUAUGGAGUAUAUGUGGUAGAGAUGUUCUUGCUGCAUUUGACCUUUCCCCUUUCAGGCAGAUCUGUGACCUGGGAGGAGACUUCUUUAAAGAUUCAAUUCCAGAAGCUGAAUUGUAUAUUUUAUCCAAGAUACUGCAUGACUGGGAGGAUGACAAAUGCAGACAGCUGCUGGCAAAAGUCCACAAGGCUUGCAAACCUGGCGGUGGAGUGCUGCUGGUUGAAUCACUUCUGAAUGAAGAUAAAAGUGGGCCUUUAGAAACCCAACUGUAUUCGAUGAAUAUGUUGGUGCAGACAGAAGGAAAAGAGCGAACAGCAGCAGAGUACAGCAAGCUCCUUGAGGCAGCUGGCUUCGGAGAGGUUCAAGUCAAGAGGACUGGAAAACUCUAUGAUGCUGUUUUAGGAAGGAAAUAA